AAAUCUCUGACUGCAAGCUGUGUUCCUCUCUCAUGUCAGCAAUCAACCUUGCGAGGCCAGAACUCCAACUCUACAUUCCCUGAGUGAUCUAUGAGUGAAAGUCAUUUGCAUACACCAUGCUGUCUCCAACUUCAUCCAUCUAUAAAUAACCAAAACAGAUGAGAAAUGGGUCCUGUUUACAUGAUCCAGUUCAAGUUUCGCCAACUUGAAAUUCCGCCAGGCUUCAAUGUUGACCAUCAAGGUUGCGUUGGAGGCUGUGAUGAGGUUCUUAAGCUACUGAUAGAUAUCUGUGGAACUGGUUCUCGCAUAUCAGCAAGAGGCCGAGGACCCACAGCAAUGCCCAGCAAUGUCCAAAGAGGUAAUACUAGGCUAAGUGCUUGCAUUUACUGUCAGCAAACAAGGCAUUCUUCCAGUGACUGCCCUUCUCGGAUUUCGGGCUCCCAGAAUUCUCACGCUCGUGUUAACCCCCAAUAUGGUAUGAAAGAUAAGCUAUCACUUUAUAUUCAUGAAAAGAACAUUGUUGCUUCAUUAAAGUAGUUAAGGAUAAAGUUGGAUCCCUACCAGUCUCCCCUUCACUUUCUGACUCCCAUCUGACUUCAAUUGUUUUGCUUUUGCUUUGGUCUCACCUAAUUAUCAAUUAUCAAUUAUUCUGAUUCGUUUUCAGGUUUCUUUAAUUGUAUUUUUUUCUGCACUUUGCUGUUGGCCUUUCUUUUGUUAACCUAUUCUCUUUUCUGGACCUUGUUUUCCAUUUCUAUCUUCAUAUGCUUCUUUUACAACACACCUGCACAUUUGAGAUGAAUUUGAGGUAAGUUUAUACAGGUAAGUUCAUAUGUUUAGAAAGUUAAUGAAAUGAAAAGUAAUUA